AUGGAAGGCGAGCAGGCGAGGCAGGAGCAUGGGCAAGGAUGCCAAGGUGAGGAGGUUGCGACGGGCUCAACGGUGAACGUUAAUGACGCUCCUGUCGUGGAGGACGACAAGUGGUGGUUUGCCGAGUUGGACAAAUCAGUUUUGAAUGACAAAUUGAUCGACAAGAUCCUCGGCUGCAUCUACGGCAACUGCUUGGGCGACGCCGUUGGUCUUGCAACCGAGUUCUUGAACAAGAAGCAGAUCGAAGGACUGUACGGUGACGCAGCCGUGCCGUUUCCCGACUACAAACUCAACGCCCACAACCGCCGCUGGAAGCGAGGCGACUGGACGGAUGACAGCGACCAGAUGAUCCUCAUCAUGGAGACCAUUCUCGAACUGAAUGGCUCCGUGGACGAGCACCGCUACGCAGCCAAGCUCAAGCGAUGGAUCAACAAUGGCUUCCCCGAGUUGGGCGAUUUCGCGGGGAUGGGCCUGGGGGCGACGACGGCGCAGGUGGUCUUCAACGAGAUCUUCCUGCGCGACCCCCACACCGCCGCCGAGGCCGCGUGGAUCAAGCUCAACCGCAACGCCGCCCCCAAUGGCGCGGUGAUGCGAACGUCGAUUUUGGGCGUUCUCAACUAUGACAAUCUGGAUCAGGUCAUCGCCAACACGAUCCGCAUCGCCAAGGUGACGCAUUUCGACACGCGGUGCCUGGCCAGCUGUGUCGCGGCCACCACCGCCAUUGCGAUGAUGCUGCAGGGCCACGACGUCGAAUCCGAGGAGGGGCUCCAGCAGCUCAUCGACCAGGCCAUCGCCCACGGGCUCAAGCAUCUGGAGGCGGAACACGUGGAUGAGUUCAAGCGACACAUCAAGAGGGACGCCUCGAUGCAGAGCCUGCUGAGCCUGGAGCUGGACGAGGGCUCCAAGAUCGGGUACACCUUCAAGUGCGUGGGCUCCGGCUUCUGGGCGCUCUGUGCCUCCAACGACUUCAAACACAUGAUCAACCUCCUCGUACGCGAGGGCGGCGACGCCGACACGAAUGGCGCUGUGUGUGGAGCAUUGUGGGGCGCACGGUACGGCUACUCGGCCCUGCCGAAGGACUGGCUCGCGGUCAUGCCCAACAAGGCGUGGCUCGACCGCAAGGUGGUGCGCUUCCUCAAUCUGCUCGGCCUCACCCACGUCGAGCAGGCCGUCGUCGAGAAGUCCUACGAAGAGCGCGCCGAGGAGGCCGACACCGACGAUGACGACGCCACCCAACCCGACGACAAGGAGCCACACUGGGUGUAG